CUCUCUAAUCGAGAAGAAAAACCCAUAGAGUACCUCAACCUAUAUCUUAAAAUAGCUAAAGAAGUAGGAGACAAGCAUGGGGAGGGUGUUGCUUAUGGCAAUCUUGGCAAUGCUUAUUUUAGACUGGGUGAUUUCAAAAAAGCCAUAGAGUACCACAACCUACAUCUUAAAAUAGCUAAAGAAGUAGGAGACAAGCAUGGGGAGGGUAACGCUUAUGGCAAUCUUGGCAAUGCUUAUGGCCGUCUGGGUGAUUUCAAAAAAUCCAUUGAGUACCACAACCUACAUCUUAAAAUAGCUAAAGAAAAAGGAGACAAGUAUGGGGAGGGUGUUGCUUAUGGCAAUCUUGGCAAUGCUUAUGACAGUCUGGGUGAUUUCAAAAAAGCCAUAGAGUACCACAACCUACAUCUUAAAAUAGCUAAAGAGGUAGGAGACAAGCAUGGGGAGGGUAACGCUUAUGGCCAUCUUGGCAAUGCUACUUUUAGUCAGGGUGAUUUCGAAAAAGCCAAAGAGUACCACAACCUACAUCUUAAAAUAGCUAAAGAAGUAGAAGACAAGCAUGGGGAGGGUGGUGCUUAUGGCAAUCUUGGCAAUGCUUAUCACGGUCUGGGUGAUUUCAAUAAAGCCAUAGAGUACCACAACCUAGAUCUUAAAAUAGCUAAAGAGGUAGGAGACAAGCAUGGGAAGGGUAACGCUUAUGGCAAUCUUGGCAAUGCUUAUUUUAGUAUGGGUACUUUCAAAAAAUCCAUUGAGUACCACAACCUACAUCUUAAAAUAGCUAAAGAAGUAGGAGACAAGCAUGGGGAGGGUAACGCUUAUGGCAAUCUUGGCAAUGCUUAUGGCCGUCUGGGUGAUUUCAAAAAAUCCAUUGAGUACCACAACCUACAUCUUAAAAUAGCUAAAGAAAAAGGAGACAAGUAUGGGGAGGGUGUUGCUUAUGGCAAUCUUGGCAAUGCUUAUGACAGUCUGGGUGAUUUCAAAAAAGCCAUAGAGUACCACAACCUACAUCUUAAAAUAGCUAAAGAGGUAGGAGACAAGCAUGGGAGGGUAACGCUUAUGGCCAUCUUGGCAAUGCUACUUUUAGUCAGGGUGAUUUCGAAAAAAGCCAAAGAGUACCACAACCUACAUCUUAAAAUAGCUAAAGAAGUAGAAGACAAGCAUGGGAGGGUGGUGCUUAUGGCAAUCUUGGCAAUGCUUAUCACGGUCUGGGUGAUUUCAAUAAAGCCAUAGAGUACCACAACCUAGAUCUUAAAAUAGCUAAAGAGGUAGGAGACAAGCAUGGGAAGGGUAACGCUUAUGGCAAUCUUGGCAAUGCUUAUUUUAGUAUGGGUACUUUCAAAAAAUCCAUUGAGUACCACAACCUACAUCUUAAAAUAGCUAAAGAAGUAGGAGACAAGCAUGGGGAGGGUGUUGCUUAUGGCAAUCUUGGCAAUGCUUAUGACAGUCUGGGUGAUUUCAAAAAAGCCAUAGAGUACCACAACCUACAUCUCAAAAUAGAUAAAGAAGUAGGAGACAAGCAAGGGGAGGGUAACGCUUAUGGCAAUCUUGGCAAAGCAUAUUUUAGACUGGCUGAUUUCAAAAAAGCCAUAGAGUACCACAACCUACAUCUUAAAAUAGCUAAAGAAGUAGAAGACAAGCAUGGGGAGGGUGUUGCUUAUGGCAAUCUUGGCAAUGCUUAUCACGGUCUGGGUGAUUUCAAUAAAGCCAUAGAGUACCACAACCUAGAUAUUAAAAUAGCUAAAGAGGUAGGAGACAAGCAUGGGGAGGGUGUUGCUUAUGGCAAUCUUGGCAAUGCUUAUGACAGUCUGGGUGAUUUCAAAAAAGCCAUAGAGUACCACAACCUACAUCUUAAAAUAGCUAAAGAAGUAAGAGACAAGCAUGGGGAGGGUGUUGCUUAUGGCAAUCUUGGCACUGCUUAUUUUAGUAUGGGUGAUUUCAAAAAAGCCAUAGAGUACCACAAUCUACAUAUUAAAAUAGCUAUAGAAGUAGGAGACAAAUGCUUGGAGGCAUUUGGCUACUAUUCAUUAGGAUGCGUUUUUGAGCUGCAAGGUGGACUACCAAAAGCCGUUGAACAUUACCAAGCUAGCAUAAACUUAUACAAUUCCUUGAGAGUACUUCUAAAAUCUAAAGAUGAGUGGAAAGUUAGUUUUCGAAAUCAGCAUCAAAUGGCGUAUACGGGUUUGUGGAGAGUUCUCGUAGAACAAGGUAAUGUAGACGAAGCCUUAUUUGUUGCUGAGAAAGGACGAGCUCAAGCCCUGACCGACCUCAUGGAAUCCAGUUUUUUUGGUGGAACAAGUCAGCACAAGGGAGAAGAUGAAGAUAUCGCAGUUUUAAAAAACGUUCCAUCAAACACUGUCUUUCAGGCAGUGGACGAAGCUAACGUCAAUCUUUGGGUUGUGCCCGAAGGAAAACAAGUUCAGUUAAGACAAAGUAAACUCAAAGGUUUUGUUUCAGAGAAUAGUAGAUCUAGCCAGUCCUUUGAGUCGUUCAUGCUCGGUGUCUAUACACAACUUGGUGUUCGUUCUAAUGUGAGAUGCGAGAAUCGAUCUUUGGAUGCUUUGAGGGAGGGCCGUUCAAAAGUGGAUGAGACAACCAAAGAAGCCAACCCUCAACCUCACAUCCAACAAGAUGAAUGCUUGAGCAGUUUGUAUGAUAUCGUUAUGAAGCCGGUGGCUGACCUGAUUCAAGGGGAUGAGCUACUCAUUAUUCCUGAUGGACCCCUGUGGAUCGCUCCUUACGCUGCAUUGAAGGAUGGUAAUUCUAAAUACCUGUGUGAAUCGUUCACAAUCCGAGUCGCUCCAUCGUUAACAAGUCUUAGACUCAUUGCCGAUUGCCCAGAUGAUUAUCACAAAAAGCAGUGGUGCGUUACUUGUGGGAGAUCCGUGGGUAUCCGAGGUUACUAA